UCCACUCCACUCCAGCUCUGUCUCGUUCUAUCAAAGUUCGAACCAUCGUCUGGUUCAUAUUGAUCAGAGCACUAUCUCGAAACUCUCAAUUUGUCAGAUCUAUUCUUCACCUCCUUCGGAGCAAAAAAAAAAAAAGAAAAAAAAGGAAAAAAAAAAAAGAAAACCCCCAAUUCCUCGCAAAGGGGGUUUCAUUCAAUGGAAACCGAACAUCAUCAUCAUCAUCAUCAUCUUCCCCUCUUCCUCUGCAUGUUCGUAUUCAUCUACCUCCUGGCCCGAUUCGUCGUCUUCCGGAACUGGAGCCCCAAGACCCGACCCGAAGCCUCGAGCUGUUUGAUCUCCCUGGCCCACGGCACUCCCGCCGUGUUCCUCGCCGCCCGGGCCAUCAUCCUCGACCCGACGGCCCGGCGCAGGUUCGCCUCCCCAAACACGGCCUUCCAGAACCUCGUACUUGACUACAGCGUGGCCUACUUCCUCACCGACCUCGUCCACUACCUCGUGUUCUUCCCCUCAGACGUGCUCUUCAUCGGCCACCACCUCGCCACCCUCUUCGUCUUCCUCACCUGCCGCCACGUCGUCUCCCACGGCGCCUCCGCCGUCCUCUCCCUCCUCAUCCUCGCCGAAGUCACCAGCUUCUGCCAGAACGCCUGGACCCUCUCCGCCGCCCGCAGGAACGACGUCGUCUUCGCCGCCAGGCUCUACGAUUUCCUCUCCCCGCCCUUCUACGCGCUUUACUCACUCGUCCGUGGCUUCGCUGGCCCCUAUUUCGUCUACCGGAUGGCGGCGUUUUACCUCAGCGGAGCCGCCGACGCCGUCAUCCCCAGGUGGGUCUGGGUUUCCUGGAUUGUUGUCGUUUUGACGGCGAUUUCUGUAAGCAUUCUUUGGAUUACCAAUCUUUGGAUUGAGUUGUACAGAGAAAGAAUUGGAAAAUUGGUGAAGAAAAUUAGCUAGUUGGAGAAGACAUAUAUAAAUAUUUUGCCUUUUUUCACUUUUGAGUUCUGUUUUUUGAUUUAAUUGUUGUUAUUUUUAUACAUUAAUUAAUUCCCAUUGCUAAUUAGAGAUUA